AUGUGAAAAUACUGAGAUUCAGAGAAGAGAUUAUCAGUAAAUCUGCGAUUGUUUGCUCUUCGGAGGUAGAAACUCCGAUCGAUUCUGAAAGUCUUCUAGUUGACCUUGUGAUUGAGUGCGGUUCAGGCAGCUCUUGCUGUUCGCCGCCGCACGGAGGCGGCGUUGAUUGUGCAAUUGGAGAUAGAAGAAAUGAUGGAUCCGGCCAACUCGCCUCUAGGACAGAUGCUAUUGGACCAGAUUACUCCGGUGGUUAUGGUUCUUCGAACCGACCUUGUUGAAGAGAGCUUUCAAAAGAAUGAUCUCAGUUUAAUCGAAACGCUUAGUCCUUUCUGUAAUUUCAGUAACAUUGAUGUACCUGUGAGGACAGCGAAUGAUCAACCGUAUAGACUUCAUAAAUUCAAACUGCGGCUGUUCUAUGCCUCCGACAUUCGUCAGCCUGAUAUAGAGGCGGCUAAAGAGCAAUUGAGACAAACUAUUACUAAUGCCGGGGAAAAAGAAUCUUCCAACUUGUUCUCAGAUCCAUUGCAACUUGAAACUAUACUCACGACCCCGGAAAAUGAUUUGAUGCCAGCAUGGUUUGAAUUUUUCAAUAAAGAGCUAGUACAGAUUGUCUCUUUUUCUGACCACGAAGCUUUUGACUAUCCUGUUGCAUGUCUUGUGGUUGUGUCUUCAAAUGAUAAAGAUCCUAUCAAAAAAUUUGCUGACCUCUUUUCCUCCGAUAAGUUGCCUUCUCUUCUUGGUAAUGGUGCUAUGGAUCCAAGGAUUCCGAAGCAUUACGUAUUACUGCAUGAUAACCAAGAUGGCACACAAGAGAAUGCUGUCAAAAUUUUGGCAGAAAUGAGGACUGCAUUUGAUUCUAAUUAUUGUAGAUUGCUGUGCAUUAACUCCUCCCAGGAAAAGUUACCAGUACAACAAAACCUUUGGCCAUAUAAUAAAGCAAAUCCAUCACCUGGUGAGGCUCAUGCUUGCUUCCUCGGUCCUGAAGAUAUGGAUGAGUUAAGGAGUAUGAUGCACGACCUUUCAUCGAAGCACAUCAUUCCUCAAAUGGAGCAAACGAUUCGUAUACUUAAUCAGCAGGUCUCUACUACAAGGAGAGGUUUUAGAAAUCAAAUAAAAAAUUUAUGGUGGAGGAAAGGCAAAGAUGAAACAGAAGACAACCUAAAUGGUCCAAUGUACACUCCUAGCUCCACGGAAUCUCAAAUCAGAGUAUUGGGUGAUUACGCAUUCAUGUUACGGGAUUAUGAACUCGCUUUGUCAAACUACCGGCUACUCUCUACAGAUUACAAGCUUGACAAAGCAUGGAAACGUUAUGCUGGUGUACAGGAAAUGAUGGGGCUUUCAUACUUCAUGUUGGAUCAAUCGAGAAAGGAUGCAGAGUAUUGCAUGGAGACUGCGUUCAACACAUACCUAAAAAUAGUUGUAUCUGGUCACCGAAAUGCUACCAGGUGUGGUAUUUGGUGGAUCGAGAUGCUGAAGACAAGGGAUCAGUAUAAAGAGGCCGCUACCAUUUAUUUCCGUAUUUCUGGUGAUGAGCCUCUGCAUUCUGCUGUGAUGCUUGAGCAAGCAUCUUAUUGCUAUUUGUUUGCAAAGCCACCCAUGCUGCGGAAGUAUGGAUUUCAUCUUGUUCUUUCAGGCGAUCUGUAUAAAAAAUCUGACCAGGUAAAACAUGCAAUUCGGACAUAUAGAUGUGCUCUAACUGUACUCAGAGGAACUACUUGGAGCCAUAUAAGAGAUCAUAUUUAUUUUCAUAUUGGAAAGUGGUAUGCAUUCCUUGGGCUGUUUGAUGCAGCAGUUGAACAUAUGCUGGAAGUCUUGGCAUGUAGCCAUCAGUCAAAGUCCACUCAAGAAUUGAUCCUGAGGGAUUUUUUUCAAAUUGUCCAGAAAACAGGGAAAACUUUUAAUGUACCAAGGCUUCAGUUGCCUGUCAUUGAUGUUACAUCACUUAAGGUGGUUUUUGAGGAUCACCGAACUUUUGCCUCACCUGAUGCUGUCUCUGUGAAAGAGUCUAUCUGGCAGUCUAUGGAGGAGGCCCUUGUUCCAUCAUUGUCUACAACUAAAACUAAUUGGCUUAACUUACAAUCAAAGACCAUAUCAAAAAAGCUCAAGGAAUCAAGCAUCUGCGUAGUAGGGGAACCAAUCAAGGUCGUGAUUAGAUUAAGCAAUCCACUUUUUAUACCAAUUUCCAUCUCUAGUGUGUCCCUUAUAUGCAAGCAUUUGUCAUCUGAAGAAACAGAAUCAGAUGAUAAGACCUCAACUAAUGAGCAGGAAAAUGAUAAUUUUGGGCAGUCAGAGACUAGUGGGGAGCCCGGGUCAGGGAAUCUUCCAUUUACAGCAUCUGAAGUUGACAUUUUACUUGGGGAAGGUGAAACUACUGAGGCAGAGCUUACUGUUACCCCAAAAGUUAGAGGCACCCUAAAAGUAAUUGGCGUCAGGUGGAAACUCUCAGGUUCCGUAGUUGGCUAUUAUAACCUGGAAAAUGAGUUAGCAAGGAAGAAACCUAAAAAGAGAAGAGGGAAAUCUGGGCAGGCAACAGGCAAUAACCUAGAGUUCCUAGUAAUUAAGAGCCUACCCAAACUUGAGGGCUUCAUUCGGAACCUACCUAAGACAGUUUACGCUGGAGACAUAAGGCAUCUUUCUUUGGUAUUAACCAACACAUCAGAAAUUCCUGUUAAGAGCUUGAAGGUGAAAAUCAGUCAUCCAAGAUUUCUCAUUGUAGGGAAUCGGGAAGAUAUGGAUGUGGAAUACCCCGCUUGCCUAGAGAAGAAUGCUGGUCCUGGUGAAAGUGAUCCACCAUCUAAAAGUAAUAAGACAUUGGAUUCAGUGUUUGUGUUUCCUGAGGAUUCAAAAAUUUAUGGGACGACUCCAUUCCUAUGGCCUAUUUGGCUUCGGGCUGCUGCACCUGGGAAGAUUUCCUUGUAUAUAACAAUAUAUUAUGAGACGGAGGAUUCAUCAAGUAUCAUGAGAUAUCGUACUUUACGCAUGCAUCAUAUUUUGGAGGUAUUACCUUCAUUGGACCUAUCAUUCCAAAUAAGCCCUUGCCCAUCAAGGUUACAAGAACUUCUUGUUCGGAUGGAUGUUGUCAACAGGACCAGUUCACAGAGUUUUGGGUUUCAUCAAUUGUCAUCAGUUGGAAAUCAAUGGGAGAUCAAUUUACUUCAACCGGUUGAUAGAAUCUUCCCAUCAGAGACUUUAUAUGCUGGCCAAGCACUAUCAUGUUUUUUCAAGCUUAAGGAUAGAAGGGGACCUGUUGACUCCAAAGAAAUCUCUUCAUCUGAAAAGGCUGAUGUCAGAUUAAGCCAAAGCAGCAACAAAGCUCUGUUCAACAUUUCCAAGUCGCCAUUACUUGAUUUCCAUCAUCAUGAGAGGAUGCACCACCAGCAAAUCUCUGAUCAGGAUAAAUCAAACGCGGUUGACUUCAUAUUGAUCUCUUUGCCACAAUGGAAUGAAAGUGGUCCCAAUGAUCCCAAUGAACCAGACUCAUCAUCCAUUCUCUUCUCUCACCAUGCAUGUCAUAGCAGCAGUAUGAAUGAUGCAAGCCCUAUAUGUUGGCUAAUGGAAGGCCCUCGAACGAUAACCCACAACUUCUUCUCAUCAUCGGGUUCCUUUUGUCAAAUAGACCUAAAGAUGACCAUAAACAAUUCCUCCACAGACGGUAUUGCCUCAGUUCACAUCAACACAUUGGAUGUGAACUCCAACAACACAUUGGACGACGCAGCAAAUUCCGGUUCUUCUACAGAAGGAGGGUGGCACGACAUCUCCCUGGGUCUACUCAACGAAGCUAAUAAAGUCACGAGUUCUGAUGUUUUAGGAACCGUAGGUGUAGGAGGAGAAGGGAAACCGUUGCGAGAAUGUGUUCCGCCUAUACUCUGGUCAGGGACGAGUUCAACGUUGAUAAAACUGGAACCGAUGUCUCGAUCUGAAGUGCCUCUUCAGGUGUGUGUGUUCUCUCCAGGGACGUAUGAUCUUUCAAACUAUGUUUUGAGAUGGAAGAUAUUGAAAUCAUCAUCCGAUGCUGAAGGUCCUUCCGGGACAUGCCAAGGCUAUCCUUAUUAUCUAACGGUAUUGCAAUCUUCUUGAUAUUCUUUUUGCUGUGUUAUUUUCUAUUUGAUUUGUUUCUGUUUUGUUUAGUCAUUUUGUGUUAUUGAAGUCAGUCAGUGUGUGUGUUUUAAGACAAAUAUAAGAAUUAGAAAAAAUAAAAAAAGAAGGAAACUUUAAAUAUAGAAAACCUUGUUAUUAGGAAAACAGAUUAAAUUAUUAUAUCUAUUAUUUAUGUUUCUUCUCUUAUAAAUA